AUGUUCGCGAGGUACGAGGAGGAGCGUCUAAGAUUUAUUCGUUUCUCCCAAACGCGUUCUGCUGCUCAAAAUUCCUUGAGGAUAGGACCACUGGACGAGCUCCUUGAAGCUCAACGGGGUAGGCAAGCUGGUGGGCAGGUUUUAGGCGACAUCACCCGCGAUGAAACAGUCUUGGGUGAGGGUGGGGUGCAGGCUGGAAAAGUUUACCUCCCAAGUUCGUUUACCGGUGGACCCAGAUACAUGAAGGUACAUUACGAGAACGCAAUGGGCCUUGUGUCUCGUCUGGGUUCACCUACGUUUUUCCUGACGUUCACCUUCAGUGCUACUUGGGAGGAAAACAAGAAGGCCUGCCCUCACAACAGCGGGCGCAGUGACCCCUCAACAGCCUGCAGAAUCUUCCAGAUUAAACUUGGCGAACUCCUCCGAGAUCUGCGCAGCGGAGCAAUGUUUAGCCGUCCGGCACGUGACAUUGACUCCGUAAUACGCGCAGACAUCCCUUCGGAGGAGGAAGCCGCUGGAAGACUCAGGAAGUUGGUGCUGAAACACAUGAUUCAUGGUCCAUGUGGUACUGACCACCGCACCGACUUCCUGUGCUGGGACUCUGCAAAGGGGCACUGCAACAAGUUCUACCCCAAGCCUGCCUGCCAAACCACCCACGUGGACGAGAGGGGGUUCGUCCAAUACAAACGAGACUACACAAACGAAGGCUUUAUCACAUCACGUAGGAGACAGAUCAAAGUGCAUGAUGGCUGGGUCGUUCCGUACAAUUCCGCAUUACUGCUCAAAUACGAGGCGCACAUAAACUUGGAGCUUGCUUCUACUCGUCGCGUAAUCAAGUACCUCUUUAAGUACCUCAUGAAAGGCGGUUCUCUCCAGAACGUAACCGUCACUCCCCUGGGGAAACAAGAGGAUGAGGUCGAGCAUUACGUGACGAAGAGAAUGGUGGGUGCCAGCGACGCAUGCUGGCGUCUUCUCGACUUUCCUGUGUCAAAGCUCGAGCCCACCGUUGACUGUCUUCCCGUGCAUUUAGAGGGCAAACAAAGUGUUGUCUUUCGGCCGAGACAGCUCUCUGAUGCAGUCACUCAAGCAAGCUCCAAGCUUAUGGUCUACUUCAAUCGCCCGCACCAUGAAACUUUUGACAAUGUCACGUACCAGACAUUUUACGAGAAGUUCAUGGUGCACACUAAGCGCCCACGUACUGCGGAAUUGUACGAACACCCCGAUGGCCAUCACUUUGUAACGACUCGCCAGCGUGGUGAGAAGGACGUAGCCCGCAAUAUCGGCCUGGUGGAAGACGAAGAAGAAUACAAUCACGCGCUGCGCGAGGCAUCUACGUUUAUGAUUGGACCUAGGCUCCGUUCCUUCUUCGUGAUCCUCUGCAACAUGGGAGCUCCCGCUGCUCUUCUGUGGGAGUCUUUCAAGAACCACCUUAGCGAGGAUCACUUAGAAAGGAACCCUCUCGACCCUGAACUGGCGGUAGAGGAGCUACUCAACUACGGCGAGAACCUCCAGCGAACCAUCGUUGAGGACUGGGUGCCCAAACUCUCCCCAGACCAGCGCCGUGUGUUUGAGUACGUUCGCUCUCUGCUUCUCAACCCCCGUGACCGACGCACUUCUAGAAUCAUAUUUCUGGACGGUCCCGGGGGUUAUGGGAAGACCUCUCUGAUUCGUGUCAUCCUUGCGUAUGUCCGUGGUUGUCGACAGGUUGCACUCGCCGUGGCUAGCUCAGGGAUUGCUGCAAGGAACAUGGCUGGAGGAACAACAGCACAUAGCAUGUUCCGACUCCCUCUAGACCUAGGUCACGGCACAGGUGUGUGGAACAUCACCAACGGGUCCCAGCGAGCAGAAACUCAUCAGAGCAGCACAGCUCAUUGUGUUUGA